CCCUCAACGCAAGGUUUCGAUCGUGAAUGGCUCACGUGCACAUAGAUCAUUGAAGAUCAACACUUCCGCCUCCUUGUAAAUCUGGAUGUCACAAAGUAAAGAUGCCCCUGAACAUUUGGGCAACAAAAGGACGGGUUACAUAGGCUGGGACGAGUACUUUAUGAGAGUGGCCUUAAUUUCAGCAGAAAGAAGCAAAGACCCCGUAACACAGGUUGGUGCCUGCAUUGUUAACCAAGAUAACAGAAUCGUAGGGAUAGGUUACAAUGGAAUGCCCAAUGGCUGUAGUGACGACGAAAUGCCCUGGGGUAAAGGUUUCAAGGACCCUCUCCAUAAUAAAAAGUUAUUCGUGUGUCAUGCCGAAAUGAAUGCCAUCGUGAACAAAUUGUCCGCGGACAUCAGGGGUUGUACAAUAUAUGUAACAUUGUUUCCCUGUAACAAUUGUGCCAAAAUCAUAAUACAGAGUCGUAUAAGAGAAGUUGUGUAUUAUGACGACAAGAAUCUCCACAAAGACGAAGCCAAAGCAUCGGUAUACAUGUUCCAGAAAGCCGGGAUUAUUGUCAGGCGCUAUAUACCAUCGGGAAAUGGACAUCUGAAAAGUAAACUUUGACAGAGACAAAAGAUAACAGAUAUCUGGCAAAAACUUAUAAGCGGCAAAAGAGAGCCCAAUGGCCUAAAGACAUAUAAUUUAUUUGUGACUUACCAGUAAAUUGAGGAUCCAUAAGAGAUUAACAGUUUUUGUACGAUGUUGAAAGUGAUAAGAUC